CAACAUGCUUUCUGUUUGCAUCUUGAAGGGCAUUACCUGAGUGCUUCGGCACAAAUGUGGGCUAGCACUAACAAUGGCACUCUACUUCAGAAAAUGUCCGCUGUGGUUUCUGCACUUGAUGCCUGUCAGCAGAAAAUGGGGUCAGGUUACCUAUCGGCUUUCCCAUCUGAGAUGUUUGACCGCCUUGAAGCUAGAAAGAAAGUGUGGGCACCAUACUACACCAUUCACAAGAUCUUGGCAGGCCUUUUGGAUCAAUACAUGUUGGCUGGUAAUAAGCAAGCUUUAAAAAUGGUGGAGUGGAUGGUUGAGUACUUCUUCAACCGUGUUCUAAAUGUCAUAGCAAGGUAUUCUGUUGAAAGGCAUUGGCGGACACUUAAUGAAGAAACUGGCGGCAUGAAUGAUAUCCUGUAUAAGCUAUACAACAUUACUGGUGAUCAAAACCAUUUGGUAUUAGUGCAUCUUUUUGAUAAACCAUGCUUUCUAGGCUUGCUUGCAGUGAAGUCAAGAACCAUUUCUGGCUUUCAUGCUAAUACGCAUAUCCCAAUUAUCAUUGGAUCUCAAAUGCGAUAUGAAACAACUGGUGAUCCACUUUACAAGGAAAUUGGGACAUAUUUUUUAGAUGUUGUUAAUUCUUCGCACAGCUAUGCUACAGGUGGAACAUCAUUUAAUGAGUUCUGGACGGAUCCAGAACGCCUUGCAGACACUCUGAAGGCUGACAAUGAAGAAUCUUGCACUACAUACAACAUGCUAAAGGUUUCUCGCCACCUAUUUAGAUGGACCAAGGAAAUGAAAUAUGCAGAUUAUUAUGAACGUGCCCUGACGAAUGGUGUUCUAAGUAUCCAGAGAGGAACAGAGCCUGGAAUAAUGAUCUACUUCCUUCCUCUAGGCCGUGGGGGAUCCAAGGCCCGGAGUACGCAUGGAUGGGGAACAAAGUUCAACACUUUCUGGUGUUGCUAUGGGACAGGAAUCGAAUCAUUCUCAAAGUUAGGAGAUUCAAUUUACUUUGAGGAGGAGGGGAAACUUCCAGCUCUUUAUGUGAUUCAGUUUAUAUCAAGCAAUCUUGAUUGGAAAUCUGGACAGAUUGUGCUAAAUCAAACAGUAGAACCUGUUGUUUCAUGGGAUCCUUAUCUUCGACUGAAGAUGACAUUUUUUACGAAGAAGGAAGCAGGUCAAUCAUCAAUCUUGAAUUUGCGGAUUCCACUUUGGACAUAUUCAAAUGGUGCCAAGGCAGCAUUAAAUUCUCAGAAUUUGAAUUUACCUCAGCCAGGUAAUUUUCUGUCAGUCACAAGGCAAUGGCAUGGUGGAGACGAAUUGACCCUUCAACUACCCAUUGUUCUAAGGACAGAGGCCAUACAAGAUGACCGGCCUGAGUAUGCUUCUUUGCAGGCAAUCCUUUAUGGGCCUUACCUUCUUGCUGGUCUAUCUAGUGGCGAUGGAGACAUUAAAACAGGAACAGCACACUCAGUCUCAGACUGGAUAACUGCAAUCCCAAAAGGUUAUAGUUCUCAGCUGAUAUCUAUUUCCCAGGUGGUCAGCAACGCGACUUUUUUCAUCACGAACUCAAACAAUUCCAUUACAAUGGAGAAGUUGCCAGAACCAGGGACAGAUUUUGCUGUCCAUGCAACCUUCAGACUUAUCGUCUCCCAAGACAUGAAUUCCUCUCAUUUCUCUUCACUGAGAGAUGCUAUUGGAAAGUCAGUUUUGCUGGAACCAUUUGAUCUUCCUGGGAUGCUUGUGGUGCAAAAAGGACCAAAUGACAAUCUUGCCCUGGCAAGUGCAACUAAUGACAAGGGCAUGUUUACAUUUAAGGUGGUGGCAGGAUUAGAUGGGAAGAAUAACUCAGUGUCUUUGGAGUCAGAAAGCCAUCAUGGGUGUUUUGUGUAUAGUGGGCUGAACUACAAUGCAGGCACAAGUGUUAAGCUCAGCUGCAAGUCAGGGACAACAGAUGCUGGAUUCCAGAAUGCAGCAAGUUUUAACUUGAAUAGUGGGAUAAGUGAAUAUCAUCCCAUUAGCUUUGUGGCAAAAGGAGCCAAGCGGAACUUCUUACUGAUGCCAUUGCUGAGCUUGAGAGAUGAAUCUUACACUGUUUAUUUCAACAUUGGAGCUUAAAGUUGUGGUGAGAAAGUGGGUUUUCCAUUGUGAAGUUAAAACUUACGUGAUUGGUCCCAUCUGAUAAUUUUUAUUUUGUUUUUAAUUCUUUGCUCUGAGGGGAAAAUGGAAAGGGUCUUUUUUUUUUUUUUUUUUUUUUUGCGAUGAAUAAAAUAUAUUAAAAGAGAAGAAGAUUGGCCAUUUUGUUA